AAUGCAUUUUCUAGUUCAUUGCUGUUCAUCCAUUUCAUAUUGUAAGCAAAAUAGCAUUACAGGGGGAACAAAUCUGUUCAUUUUAACUAAUUUAACUGUAGUGACUUGCACGGUUCCCAUAUGGUUCAUCUAAUAUUUAUAACAGUUGUUGCUGAUGAUUUUUAGGCCACUGCAACACUGCGUUGAUAACACACCAACCUCAACAAGCGCUCCAACGCUGCAGGAUCAAGCACACAGCGUUUUAUGACCAUACGUUUUAUUUGACUUCAGCACAAGCUUGAGUUUGGAGCUCUUCAUCAGACUGAGGUAAACAAUGACCAGCGCCACCACGUAUGCUUUGUAUCUAAGUGAACAGGGCAGAACCCAUUUUUAAGAUUUGUUCUCGUCUUGGCUUCAGGUAACACAGUUAUGGGUGCAUUGACUAAGAUACCCCUGUAACACGUCCUACACCUGCGCUAGGUACAAUCCCAAUCACACACACACACACAGACACGCAGUGAGGCUGACACCCCCCCCCCCCUCUUGUGUCCCCCACAGAUCACCAUAAUGACACAGAGGGAAACCCCCUACUGGCUCUGCUCUUGCUGCUGGGCAUCCCGGCUGGGAUCUGCUGCUGCUGUCGGAAAAAUAUUUUUAAGAAGAAAGCCCCCCACGCUACAAUGCUGCAGAACUCCCCACAUGUAAUUCACCCCCCCCCCUGUGGUCCUGUUGGACCUGCUCCCCCAUACAACACUCCAGGACAGCCAGGCGUGGUGUACUACCACGGGCCGGACCCCAGCACGGGUCCUGCAGUCCAUCCUCCCCCCGGACCAGGGCAGUGGAACGGCCCCCCCCCCUCUCCUGGAUUCAACCCGGGGUACCCAGGCUACCCCCCCCAGAACCCUUCCUAUCCUCCUGCUGGUCCAGCUAUGUUUCCCCUUGCCCAGCCUCCACAAUGGAACGGUUCACCUCCAGGCCAGUACCCCCCUGGACCUGCAGCCCAAAUGGGCUAUGCUUCAGCUCCAGCCAUGUACAGUGCUCCACCUGCAGCCGCCAGUGAGCAUGCUCGGGAGGAGGCGAAGACCAGCAGCAUGGCAGCCUCCCCCGCCGACCCCCUGCUGACUGCCCCAUCACAGUCGGAAGCUGCGUCCUCUCCUAUGGCUCCUGUGGCCCCCUCCUCCACCAACAUCCUACGUUCUGCUGAUGACGCCUUCCAGUUCACGAUUGAAGGAGACAAAAACUCCACAAGCUUCCUUUAGGGUGCUUCACCUGGAGAACUUUGUUCUUACAGGUGGAAACAAUGGAGAGUAGAUUAUAUUCUUUGUCUCCUUGAUCCAUAUUUAAUCCCAUCUCCCUGAGGAACAAGUGUUUUUAGGCUAAAUGAGCAAUCAUUUUUGGAAUAAGACCUACUGACUCUUUUGCAGUCGGAGUCCAUUGUUUGGGGAUUUAAUUUCCAGAGUUGAUGAGACAAAGAAAGGAUUUUGUUUCUUGACGAGUAAGCAUAGGGAAUAGAAGUGUAUUUUGAUAAUUUGAUGAGUAAAUCUAAACAGCAGGGUUCAAGUUGAAAAUAUGUCUUAGCACAUGCUUGUGUUUUUAUCUACAUUUUAUUUAUUAAUCCUUUUUUCUGUUGUUAAUUUGAGAGGAAGCCACCAAUCAAGCAAAAUACUUGAGAGGAAGUCGAAAGAGUCAGAAUCAACAAAAGAAAAGCAAGCAGUCCACAGAGCCAACCAUUGGCUGCCAACCAUUGGCUGCCAACCCCUCAACAGUAACUCCUCCUAGACUGCCUGAUAUGAGAAAUGCUUCACUGGCAAGGUGUGUUCAGACUAAAGACUAAGAAAAAUAUUCUUUUUUAUUUUACUAUGAAUUUGGAAUGUUUUCAGUCUGUGAUUUUGGCAGUCUAUGAGAGGAUAAGACACUGACUGUAAAGGUGUUUUAAUAUAUCAAACUUAUGUAAGUGUCACAUUCUGAACACACUUUGGGGUAACAUUACUUCUUCAACAGUGAAUCACCAUCUCAGGUUGGCUUACGUUUCAGUGUCAUUUAAGACUCUUUCUUGGUGGCAGAUCAUCUGCAACCCACAUUAAGGUCCUUUGUAUGUCAGGAGCAUCCACUGUCUGGAGGCAGGUCGGGGUCUCUAGUCAAGCACUACCAGUUGGGUUAUGCUUGGGCGGGUCUGAUUUCAGAAGUUCACUCAGAUACUGACUUAACUGGAAGUACCGUUUUUAAAUUGAUAAACCAAAAUCUACCUCAUAUUUAGAUUCUAUGCCUCUUCAUAUGUCAACAGUUGUGUUUGUAUUAGUCAAUGCUAUGAUUGUGUAAAGAAAAAUUGGUAAUGGGUUUGGUGUAAGUACUGAACUAAAAUGUUAGAAUGUACCAGAAGAACCACCCUGACUGCCUUUUAGCGUGGCCUCAUACCUCCUGACUAUUACAGCAAAAAAGCAUAUCACUCCAUCCAGAGCACGUGUCCUAGACUUUAUCAUCAAACCAAGGUGGAGCUGCAUUAAGUUAGACAGUGCAGCGUAAUGUUUGUCAGCUGCUGAGUCUGCCAUGAAGAUUUAAGAAUACACGCAUUGAUUUUUACAGACCAAGUGCCACCACAUCAAUAUGCUUUGCGCUCUGGUGCUUUGUUACUCUUUCAUAUAAGACCACUAAACAGUAGCUGGACGUUCCCGUCCCUCCUGAUAUCCAGAUGGAGGCUGCAACAUUCCUAUAUAUCUAAAAUGUUCACCAAAAAUACACUGUGGGUGUUUAUUCAACUGUAAAUAGCAUCAAUAAUGCCUUUCUUAACAGGAUUGUAGUCUUUCGUUUUGUCUCUGAAGGUGAGUUAACGGGUAUGACCUUAGAUUCAUGUUGUGUCCUGCAUAUGGUGGGGAGGCAGCUAGCUCUCUUUAGCCACUACUUCAACUGAACAGCCAACUAAGGUCUGUUUUUUUAUUUUUAUCUUUGUGUUCUAAAUCCUUUUUUUUGUUUCAUGUAUGGCAACCUCAAAAUGAACUGCGGUUGAACAUGUUUUUGUUUUUUUGUAAAUGUAUUCAAUGAUACUAACAAAGUGUACAUGUAUUUGAUGCUUGGGUAUUGUAUGGUUGGUUCUUUGGUCUCUCCAGUUCCAUCCCCCUAUGGAUACCAUUGAACAUUUGGAUUCAUACCUCUCAUUUUAUAACAACAAAUAAAAUAUACACACUGUAUAUGGAUGUGCAACUCUGUGUCAAUGAAACUACGCAUGCA